ACUCGGCUGGGCGUACGCACGGAAUAGAACGUAUAUAUCGGUGCAAAUAAAUUCGUUUAAUAUCGUCUAGAACUAGACUACGUGUAUAAUUGAUUGGUACCGUACACACACACAUUAUCUGCAUCAAGUCUGCGCUUCAUGCGCAUGCAAUAUACCGGUUCUGCUCAUCACAUGCACACCAAAGAUACACACCAGGCCAUAGAUAUGACACACACCUAGCCUAGCUAGCUAAGCUACCUAUAUAGCACUGCAUGCACCGCUGAUAUUCAUUAAAUUUCAUUCACGAAUACGGUACCGGUGCAUUGUGCGCUAUCAUUCUACUAUAUUUUAUUUCUACUAUUUCUACUGUAGCUGAGCUACUCGACUCAGCUCAGACGACAAAUCAGGAUAAAAUUACACCGUCCAAGCCAAGGAAAGAGAUUUAUUCGACUUGCCUAUCUUUAUUCUAUUUGAUGAAUCAGGAUGCUUGCUUUACGAAAAUGGUUUUAUAAACCCAAGAAAAAUGACAGUCAGCUACUAGCCCAGUUUUAUUAUGCCGAUGAAGAGCUGAAUGGUGUAUCACAUGAGCUUGAUAGCUUUGAUGGGAGGCAAGAUCCAGACCGGUGUACUGUACUUGUUAACCAACUCAGGAUAUGUCAAGACAAAGUUCUUGGUAUCAUUGAGCAGUUGAUGAAUGAGGCCGUUGCUGAGGGUAGAGCCAGCCGUGACUUUAGGGCCAAGUUUCCUGAUGAUGUGCUUCAGGAUAGCCUGGCCGGCCAGCUUUGGUUUGGAGCCGAGUGCUUGGCUGCAGGAUCUACCAUCAUGAACAGGGAGAUAGAGAGUGCAGCUCUGCGGCCCUUGGCUCGGUGCUUGACCAGAAGUCUGGACUGCUUGAGGGCUGUGCUGAGAGAUCAGAGCUACAAAAAUCUCAACUCUUACCCACAAAAAGUGAAAGAGGCUUUGAAGAAGUUUGACCAUGUGUUUGCUGAGUUUGAGCUGAGCUAUGUGAGUGCCAUGGUUCCCGUGAAAUCGGCCCUGGAGUAUGAUACUAUGCAGGAUGUCAUUGUACUUUUUUGUGAGACUAUUAACAGAGCUCUAUCUAGGAAGUUAUUUACCCAAGAUCAGAUAGAUGAUUAUGAUCCUGGAUUGAUGUUUACUAUACCAAGGCUUGCCAUUGUCAGUGGGUUAGUGACAUUCUCUGAUGGUCCCCUCAACAUGGCCAAGCCUGCUUCACAGAUAUCAGAACUCUUCAGACCCUUCCAGAAUCUUCUUAUCAAAAUCAGUGAGCUGCUACAAACUCUUUCAGAGGAGGAGCUUCACCUUCUAGAAAGGGGGCUGUGUAGCUCCAAGGAAUCAUGGGAAGACAUCGAGCGAGAACUAGACCAGCUUUCAUUCCGUGACCGACCCGUACAUGCUACAGACAGUCACUACCACGACGAGGCUGCAUGUAGACUAUCACCUUGCAGUAGCUGUGUGACAGACUGUGAUACCAUGUGUAGUAGCAUACUUUCACUCACACCAGAAGAUGGAAGAGUUAUGAGUGUGCGAAGAAAGGCCAGCGAUUCCAGUCACCGAUGUUCCAUGGAGGAUGCGAUAGACAUUCCAGGGGCAGUCAAUACCGAGAGCUCAGGAGAGUUCAGGGCUGUCCGCAUCAGGAAGUGUUCGCGAAAUUCACUGGGGGUGACGUCGCCGAGGAUGAGUCCCGAUUCUUUGGAUGGUUUUGCUGGGGGUGAGCCCCGUGAAUGCAUGAAGUGUAGGAGGAAUUCAAGUCAGCCAAGUGAUGCAGGGUUAGAGGACAGUGGGCAGUUUCAUGAUGCCUGUCUUGCAUCACGUAGCGUUGAUUCGUCUCCAAGAAUGUCCAAAAGAACUUCAAGACAUUGCAGGAUGCCUCGCGAAAGAGCCGCAUCGGACAAUACCUCCAUCUCCCCCAACAGGAGAGAAGGAUUGUCUGAGAGUAAUCCUAGAGUGUUGAAGCGAGAAGAUAGUGGUCUUGGCUCAGCACCCAAUGGAGAUUUGAUGGAGUUAUACCUUCAAGAACUGCAGACUUCUUACCCUUUGAGUGACAUUGCAACACCUUCAGCCAGUCCUAUCCAUGGAUCAAUAGCCAAUUCCAAAGAAGAACUCAGCGAUAUCAGUGAGAAUAAUAUGCUCAUUGUUGAGAUGCAACACAGUGAGCUCAUUGUUCCCACCUCCAAAGAGAACAACCCCCUUAAAAGUGCCCAUCAAAGCAAUUCUUCCAGGAUAGCCAUGGACUUCAACACCAGUUUUCCCAUGUUUGGAAAGGGUAAACCCAGCACUGAGCUCAAUACGACAGGAAUCGUUGGAAACUCCACCCAAAGGAUACCCGGUGAGCCAGUGGAACCCACAUCCCAAAUCCCAGCGGUUGUGAGUCGUCACAGCGAUUCAAGCAUAUCCAUUGACCCGACGGUGCAGACCCCUACUGACCCUAGCAUCCAGACGCAUGUGACCGUCAGACCUUCUCGUAGCGAACCCUCAUUCAGACUGCCGCUUUUUGGAGCACAUCCUCAGACACCCCACUCUCAUUCCGGAGACACUCUUCCCAGUGCCCUGAACCGUGUCACCGGCAGUAGAGGCAUAGUUCGCCCUCCGGUGACGUCUGGAUCAGAUGGGGAAGACUCCAGUGAUCUGUCUUCUUCACCUUCCUCUUCCUCCUCAUGCUGUUCAUCCUGUUGUUCCUCUGGACAUGCUUUUGAUGAUGGAGACAGGGAUACAGACUACAAAUGGGAAUCUGAUGACAGUAGUGAUACAAAUUCGCUGAUAUCUGAGACCAAUGAUGAGCAGGAGAUAAAAAUGGCAAUUCAAGCUGCAGAACUGGCUGCGAGGCAGAAGGUCAGGUCACAGUUCAGAAGUUCAAGUGAUCUUGUACAUAGACUCUUUGUCUGCAUUGCAGGUGUUGCUGAUCAGCUGCAGACCAACUUUGCCAGUGACCUUCGUAGCAUCCUCAAGACAGUCUUUGAAGUGAGUGCCUGCAACCCCCUUGCUACAGAAGAUUCUGUCUUUACAUCUCCAACGCCAUCAACCUCAACUGCUAACCCUGACGAACAGUUUGCUUCUCCCCCGACCUCAGCAAGCAACUCAGUGGCGUCAAUGAGGCCAGACAGAGCGGGGAGCAGCAGUGGAAGUCAUCGAUCAGUCCGGAUUGCAGAAGGCAGCAGACAGGGUCCAGGACCAGAGGGUCGCGAGAGGCACAGGCAUAGGAGUAACUCCUCCAACAGGAGUAGGAGAUCAAAUUAUGAUGACCCUCCUCUCUGGAUGCCUGAUGAGACCAGUGAUGAGUGCCUAGCCUGUAGAUCUUCCUUUACGGUGCUACGUAGGAAACAUCACUGCAGGAAUUGCGGUCAGAUAUUUUGUGCUAGAUGUUCAGCCAACUCUGUUCCCCUCCCCCGCUUCGGUCAGACCAAGCCAGUUAGAGUGUGUAAUAGAUGCUACAUGUACCAGGUGACUCCAUUUCAACAUUGACCCUAGUCAGUGAAAGAGUUAGUCACCAGCGUUACAUGCGCACCCAUUUCGACACUGCCUCUAGUCACUCGAGCUAGUCAGAGUUAGGCUGAUGUUACGUGCAAGUCCAAGUCAGAAUGGAUCAUAGUCAACAAAGCUUAGUCAUCGUUGCUGAUACUGGAUGUGACUCCAUUUCAACAUCGACCAUAGUUACUCAAGCCAGACAGAAUUCAGGUGACUCUUCACAGUCAACACUGAUCAUAGUCAACCAAAGUUUGCCAGAGGAUGAACUACGUAACAUUUGACUUCAUUACGUAAUUACAAGAGGUGAUUGGAAUUGGGAGUAUAUGUAUGUCAACAUUGCUUCUUGUUACUCUACUCUUUGUGGUCAUGGUCAACACUGACUGUAGUCAACCAAGGGUAGACAUUGUUGCAGGUACUGGAUGCAAAUUGAUGUCAUCAAUAACUAUCAAAUUCAGGACUGUUGUUGAGAAUGUUGAAGACUAUUGUAAGACUUUCCUCUUUGUCAUCCACAACCACAACCAAUUGCUGCCAUUUUGAUAAACCAUUCCUGGAGAAAUGCUGUUUAUAGGUCCACAUCACAGAGUGCUCUUGGAAAGUGGCUUUUUAAGAGUGCAUCCUGGAUACCCUGAUUUUCAUUGAGGAUUCACUAAGCUGUAAUAGAUAUCCCAUUAUGGUGUGCCAAGAAAGUAGUGUUGCAGAAUGCUCCUGAAAAGCAGCUGGUUCUGAAAGAUUUUGAAUCACCAAAAGCUUUUGCUAAUGCUCACCAGCGAGUUGAAAUGCUUAGAGAAGGCUUCCCGACGUCUAGUAGCCAUUUUUUUUUAUCCGGGUCACACUAAGGACAGUUUCAGUUAUACAUGGCAUCUCUUUGGGUGUGUUUAGGCUUCCACUGUGUAGACAGAAUCAGUGUCUUCAACGUCGUUUCAGAACGCCGAUCGCAAACGUGGUUCUAGAGGUGCUGUUUAUGCUUAUUUUUUCAGAGGCAAAAUUGCGGUCUGCAGCUGGCUUCGCAUCGUAAUUUUCGUUGAGCAGGAAAGCGAGGUCAAAAGGAAGCGUGGACGCAACCCUGUUUUGGACUAAUCACGUAUGAAAACUCUGAUUCUGGACUGAAAAGUGGAAGCAUAAACACAGCCUUUGGAUGGUAUGACCAACGCCCUAUUGACCUCUGAUAUGACUGCAUUGGUGUAUCUUGAUUUUGAUUUAUUGAACUUGAUUGAAAUUUGAUCUUGUAAAGGAUGGAUUCCCUGCUUCUUGGCAGCCCUGUGCGGAUUGUGAAUCACUUCCUAAAUCAAGUAUUGAUAGAGAGAGGAAAAUUUUGUGAAUCCAGCAACAAUUGCUCCUAUGGAACUCACCAUGAUCCAUUUUGUGAUAGAAAAUGGACAUCAAAGGAAUGAGAGCAAUUGCCCCAGGAGCAACUGAUGGGUUACCAGAAGUGGAGGAUGUUUGCAAUACCAUGUCAACUAGAUAUAUGUCUCCGCUGUUAGUUGGUUUAUCACAAUCAUUCUAAAGACAUACUGCUAAUCAUUAUGUACACAAUCCAAAUAUUGAAGUGCAAUGUAUUUUACUUAUUUGUACACAGAAAAUGUAUAUAUUUGACAAUCUAUAUGUGGCGAAAAUACCCUCUCAAAAAAGGCGUAGAGGCUGAUACAUAACCGACUUUAAUUCUAGAUAUUCUAUAAUUGUAAGUAAUGUGUGUAAUAUGUUCUAAUGGAGUGUGGAUGAGGUGGGGUGAUAGUUAUUCAUUCAUUACUCAGUGCCCAUAAUGAACUUCAUAUUUUGGUUACUAUUAUGAUCCAAUAUUCUGCAACUCCCUGUCUCUGUAAGAUAUUUUCCCACUUUGUACUUAAGACAGUUUUUUAUACAUAGUUGUGGAUCCUUCAAAUCUUGAGCCAAAUUUGCCAAAAGAAAAAGAUUGUUAACGGAAACAAUGCCACAAGAAAAUUGUGUAUUUUAUGGAUAGAUGAUAUUUUUCAGUGACUAGAUGAGAUUAGAUUAGAUUAUUUAGAGAAAAGGGCCUUCACUGCUGUAUGAUAAUUGGACCAAAUACUUAACAUAAGCAUACAUUGUUUGGUAUUGUUAGUGCAUGGAUUAAGCUAAUCUUAAUAGAGUAUAUUUUACGAGCUUACUCAGCAGGUUCUGAUUAAUUCUCGCUACCCCAAAUAGCGAUUUCACCGAGAUCGGGGAAAAUCCCUGUAACGCGCAUUGCAUUAUGGGAUAGCUUUUCGGUAUUACAACUUCCUGAUCGGAAGUCCAAUGCACUGUUUUGCCAUUCAGAUCAACAGUGCCGUCAUGCACAACAACACAACGUCGCUUUCGCUCGGAAAGUUCUUGAUCACAACCCUCUCUUUCACAUUUUCACGUGAAAUAUAUUUUUUAUUUCUAUUUAUAAUUCAAAUGGAAUCAAAACUGACCAAAUUAGAUAAAAAGUAUUAUAAUCUGUACAUAUUACGCUGGUGGUGGAAAACUCAGUAUCGCGAACCUCGCGCGAGCAUGACUCUGAACCGGAAGUGGUGAUGACGACCCGACGGAGUGAAAAUUAUCUCGUCUCGCGCAUUAUGAGAUUUUUGUUCCUAUUUGGGGUAGCGAGAAUUAAUUCCUGCCGUGAAAAUUUCAACCCCCUCCCCUUCUAUUGAUUUUGCGAUCCAUUCAGAAUAACAAAGAAAUAGGUGUAUGAAAGAAUUUCAAUAAAUUAUUGGAUUCAGUACCAUCUGUUGCCAUUGAUAUAGAAGAUGAAAGCUAGCCUUCCGUAAAAGUGUGAACUAAAAUGCUUGUUCAGUAUUAUACAUGGGUAAACUUUAGAGAUUAACACAUGUUUCCUUUUUUACCACCUUCAAUCUAGUGGAAGUGUUAAGUGUAACAUUGUAGUUUGAUCAAUACAUGCACUUGUAUGCCAAUGCCUUAUCAAAUUGACCUGACCUGGUAUUUAUGUGUGCAAGUAAAAUUUAUUGAAUAAAAAUCUUUGACAAUUACUGACAACUCUAAGAAAAUACAUGAAAGACUUUAUCAUUCAGUUUACCUUUGUAUAUUAUUGUGAAGAAUACAAGUAAGAUCCAUGGUAUUUUUUGUUUUUAAUGUAUAGUCAUGGGUAAACCACGUUUAAUUCGAAAACUAAUCAUGAAGCUAAACCUCGGUUGACACUUGCUCGCAUAGUUUGCGCAUUUAUGUGAUGAUACUCCACUCAGACUCUUUAUGUUUUUUUUUUUCUAUUAUUAAUUUCCUCCCCCCAUCCAUUUUCAUUGAAUAUACAUUGUCAUUUGUCGUAUUUGUUUGUGCUCCUUUCAUGUUGAUAAUACACCUUGCUUCAUUUAUGUAUUAAAGAAACACACAUUUCCAUUCUGAAGUGUGCUACACACUGCAUUUGCUGAAUUUGUUUUGGUCAUUGACACCCAGGAUGCCAGGUUAGGUUUACUUCUUUGCAUUUUAAUGCCAAACAUAGUUUCUAAUGUGUUAAUUUAUCUUUUAAACCUUUUCUCUUUUUUUCUUUGCUGAUGUUAUGCUGAAGGGUAACUACCAUUAGAUAUUUGAAAUAUUUUUAUUUGAAACCUCCAGUCUUUUUUUUUUUAAACUAGACUUUUACUAGUAUAUACUAGAUUUAGAAUGAGUGUUAAAAAGCUAGCUGAAUAUUUUUUUUCCAUUGACAUACACACCUUGUAUUCAGAAGUUUUCUUUGUUCUAAAUCAUGUUUGUUGGUUAUAAAUAUUCUUUUGUGCUAAAAGUAAUAUAAGAUGGAAUGGAAAAAAAAUAUGGGGGUUAGGGGCGAUUCACCCCACCCCCCC